AUGGGCCUUGGGGCCUUUGACGUAAUACUCGUCCUUGUUACCACUUCGGGCCUUCUUCUCAAUGCCUAUGUGCUGCUUGUUGCACUUGGCCUCAAUAAACAAACACAGCAGCAACAGACAGCCAAUACCGUACUUCUGUUAAUACACCUUGGAAUUGUGGAAUCAGCUGUUUGCCUUGCGAUAUUGGUGUUCAGUAGUGGUGGAUGGCCAUUGGCAGGACCCUGGUGUACUUUAUAUGGGUUCAUCUUCAGUGUCCUACACCCAGUCGGACUUUGGACUGUCACUGGUCUCAAUUGUGACAGGUACUACGCGAUAUCAGCUCCUCUCCACUAUACAGCGGUGGUGUCGAGAAAACGAGUGAUCCUCGGCCUAAUAACAUCCUGGAUUUUUCCUCUCCUCCUCUGCCUCCCCCCACUAUUCAGCAUUGUCCCACCCUACAGAUACAAUCCUGAUUUUGGAUGCUGUGUCCCGGAAUUCGCCAACUCCUGGGGCACCGUUGGCAUCAUCUAUGCGACAAUUUACAUUUUACUCGGCCUAAUGCUACCAGUCUUCCUCGUGACACUCUGCAAUCUCCGGGUACUCGGAAUCGCAAGGUAUCACAGACACAGAAUAGCCAGUGCCAUUUAUGAAGUGACUUUGAGCGCUCAAGUCACGAUAACACACCAGAGGAAUCCCUUCUAUGUGCCAACAAUAACAGCACCCAGUGCUGGGGGACCACCGAGAUUUCAUAGCGCUGCCAGCACUGUGAUGCAACUUGUUGUUCCUCUUUACCUCCUCUACUUCCCGUACUGUGGAUUAAUCUUGUGGGAGGCGUGCAGUGGUGCAGCUGUACAAAAUCGCCCAAAUAUACACAUGUGGAUAGCGUCCUUGGCCUCACUACUGUUAGCCCUCUCACCUCUGAUUAAUGGAAUUCUCUAUGGAGUUAAGUCACGAACACUUAGGAGAUCCUUUCAGAAUUACCGGAGGAAAAAAGUCACAAAGUCGGAGCUUCAACAGGAGAUACAGGCGAGGACACCAAGUGCAGCUGGCUCUAGACGAGCAUCGGGGAGUGGUCCCGUAUCAUUAUUUCCAUUUCCACCCACUCAGCGACGUCUCAGUGAGGCACUACUUUAUUUAGGUACUAAUCCAAGGGGUCAGGGCUUUGACAGUGAAAAUAUCAGGGGUUUCAGCAAAAGUAGAAUGCAAUUUGCUUCAUGUAAUACACUACAAGUACCUACGUCUGAAUCAGCUGAUACCGGAAGUAAACCCGUACGCACAAGCGCAAGUGCAGCAAAUCUGGUGGAUCAGGCGUAUCGUCGAGAUACCACAAGUGUGACGCAAUAUGAUACAUACCCAAAUUCAUCAAAACGCAGUCCCCGUAUUCUCAUAACACGUACAUACAGCAACGAGAGCCCGGAGGGUGGGAGUCCCCUUCUCAAACGUAACCGCCCAACUACAAACUCAUCUACCACAUCAAACGACACAAAAAGACGGAGGAAUACGAGUGCAGGCAGUGACAGUAGCACCGGUAGCAGUGAUUACAGCAUUUGGACAACGAAAAUAUCGCCAAAAGGUAAUGUCGUAAAUUUUAAAAACUCGGUGGACAAUUGGCCAGUGGGAAGGCGCUUCACACGUGUGAAAACACUAGAGGAGGGGGCGACAAUGUUCGCGGGUAUACGAAGGAGCAACAAUAGCGAGAGCAGUGAUACAACUGACACAACAGCCACAACUACAACAUCGACACUACCGUCCAGGACGACUGUUCCCGCGACAGAAGAGACGAAGCCGAUGGAGGAGGCCACCAGGGAAAAGCUGAAGGAGGGAGAGAGCGAGAGUGAGUCACCAUGGUCGAGUGGAGAUGAGGAGAAUGGAAAAUUGAAUGAGUAUAAUGGUGGAAAGAUUAUUCACGAUGGUAAUAGCACGGAGGGUGAAAUUGUCAAGGACAUUGAUUGCGGGGAGACCAGAAAGUACAAGAGGCGGAGGAGGGAGGAGGGGGUGGGCGACGAGCGGAAGGGUGGACUGCAAUUGAGGCCUCUACUCACACCCUCUUCUUAGGCAAAUAAACAUUAUUCUUAUAUACUCCUUAUCGAUCGUAACAUUUAUUUUUCCUGAUUUCUAACAUUUUUUAACAGCAUAACCACUCAUUCUGGGCCACUCUUCGAUAAAAUACACCGCGAUCCAUUUUGCACCAUAAAAUUAGAUUCACAGGGGAAAAAAGUGUUGAAAAUUAAAUUGGAAUUUUUUCAUGGGGAAGUUUUCAAUUUGAUAAAUGGGUCACCCCCCACCCCUCUGGAGCUAGAAAAAAAAAUGUUUUCAAUUUUUUUUUCCUUCUUUAAAAUUGCCAUGAGGAAGAUCAUUUUGAGAGUCCAUAGACGUAAAUUGACCCGCACAUAUCCCAGAAAUUAUAUUUUUGUACUGAAUCUCAGGAAACCGAGUGAAAAACAAUCAACAAAAAUGUAAUAAGAAAUAAUGGUGAAUGAUAAGAAUGAUGAAAAGCCUCGGAAUCACAGAAAAACAAUUUUUAUCCAUCGAUUUUUUUCUUCUUUUCGUGGUAAUGCAGUAUAUAUCUCACGUAUAUCAGAGUGAUAAAGUGUUUUAUGUGCGUGAAAAUUGAGUUGAAUAUGGGAGCGACGGAUAUGGAGUAUCUUCAGGCGUUUUAGCCGAAUGACUGUGAGCCUCCUCCGCUCUUUGCACACGUAGGGAACACGUGUUUUAUGCCAGUGAAUCAAUCAAAUGAAACAGGCCCUGCGGUGAAAUUGCUUUUGAAAAAAUUCGAGUUUUGGGGAUUUUUCAAUGACAUUGUUGGAUAUCACUGACGAUUCGGUCUGGUUCCAUGAUCCAUCAAAAGAACGUGAAUUAUUCUCAAGUUCAUUUCACAGCAAAGGCCCUCCCACUCCCAAGUCCCAAUAGCAAAAGAAAUUAUUAUUGUUGUUGUUGUUGUUGUUGUUGUUGAUAAUUAAACUAAAAUCAUUGGGAGAUUAAAAAAAUAUUUCUCGCUGGCUGAGAAAAGCAUUCAUGUGUCUGUGUACUUGACAGUUGUAAAAAAAAAUAACAACAAGAUAAAUUAUUGCGAAGAUAAACAAAUGUUUAGUCUCUUCCGUUGGUGUUGAAAAAAAAAAUAUAUGUUUGAGAAUAAAGAAAAUCGAGACUGUAA